UAUUUAUAUAAAAUAGCAAACAUUUUUUGAAAUUUAAAAUCAAUACACUGGUUAGUUAACAAAUGUUCGAACUUUCGGAGCAAUCAUUUACGGAACGCACACUGAAAGUUGCACGGAAAUCAAAUCUGAACGCACCUUAGUUGUUAUAUUAAUAUUUCGCGCCGAAAUAAAUACCACAAUUUUUUUUUCCUACACAAGAAGUAGUUUUGCAUUUUUAAACGUUUUUAAUAAAAGUUAAUUACAAAGAAUAAAGAAAAUAUUCUAAAGAAUGGAUGAUUAUAAACUCAAUUUGACCACUUACACGACUCCACCUUCAGAAUGUUGCUCGUUGCCCGAAUUACAGCAAAUAUGUGAAGAACGCUUACAACUUUACAAAAUAAUGGAUGAAGCUAAAAAUUUAGGUUACAAACCUAGUACUGCUGUAUGGAACGAAUAUUUGGAAUCGCAAAUAGUACAGCGAAAACUGUCUACAAGUAUUAUUUUACUAAGAAAUGAAAAUUAUAGUGUUGGUCAUAAUAAAGCAAGAAGACACAAUCAUAUCGCUCACUGGAUGUUAAGUUUAUGUUACUGUCGAACUAAAGAUUUAAGAGUUUUUUUCACGAGAUGUGAGCUUCAGUGGUUUGAAAUGUUAUAUAAAAGGAUGAAGGACGAAGAGUUACAACAAUUUUUUACAGACAGCGAACUUGAAUGUGUAGUUGUUAGUCAAAGAGAGAAAAAUUUGCUAAAGGAACAGUUACUUAUGUGCACAAAAGUAAAGGAAAUUGAUUUUGAUACUACAAUCUUCUAUAAAAUAAAUUUCAGUGAGAUCCCCACUUUAUUACCGUCUAGAAAAGUCUUUCUGUGUAAAGGUUUAGCAUAUUUUCCUCAAAACUAUUUGAUAUACCACAUUCACAACAAAUUGUGGAGACUUUUAAGCGGUCGACUUUUUUGGCUUAACAAAGUGCUUCCAACUGGUAUUAAAGAAGACCGUAUCGAAUACUUUUUAAAUAACUUACCACUUAUUUCUCCGAAUUACAAGAGGUUUAGCGAUAAAAAUAUUAUAGUAGACUUGGAAAAUAUCGACCAAGUAGCAGCAGCACACUAUCCGCUCUGCAUGAAAACGAUUCAUUCUUUGUUAAGAAACGAACACCAUUUAAAGUACGACUGCAAAAUGCAAUACGGGAUAUUUCUAAAGUGGAUCGGCUUGUCGUACCAAGACGCUAUGGAAUUUUGGAAAGACGAAUUUACCAAAAAAAUGUCCUCCGAGUGGUUUGACCGUAAAUAUUCGUAUUUAUUUAAGCACCAAUACGGUAAAGUUGGCGGAAUGAUAGAUUACGAGCCGUCUAGUUGCGAAGAGAUUCAGAAUUCAUGUCCGGGCCCAGGGCAACAUCACGGCUGUCCAUUUAAGCACUGGGAUUUGGAUAGAUUAUUACAAAGAUGUCGAAGCGACGGUUUUAGUACGUACAACAUAAAGAACGUGAGAGAUUUGGUCAUUAGUAAGAAAUAUGAAGAAGCAUGUAUGAUGUACUUCAGAGCGACACAUAACGCCACUGUGGAAAAUGUAUUUAAAAGUCCUAAUCAGUACUUUGUGGAAAGUUACGAAUUUGAGGAGUCUUUAAAUGACUGUUUAGUGGACGUUUUUGUUGAAUGUUGCGAUCCGUAGGAUGAGGGAAACUUAUGUGACCUGAAAGCUAUGCGACGUGAACUAUGACAAUGUUUGAUUCUUUUAUGUUUAAAAUAUUUAGAUUUUUUUUUUUCAGAGAUUUAAGAGUUAAGUUUAUGUUUUUAAAAAGUUUAUCUGUGUGUUAUAAAGAUAUAUUUUUAUUUUAAACGUUAUUAAAUGUAUACAAUUAAACAGAAUACACUGCAGUGUCUUUAGUUUUAAACCGAAGAUAUAAACUACUAGGUGCGAAUGUGCAAUUUAGAAAAAUUAUGCAGUACUGUUCACGUCUGAUUUUUUUUUAUUCUAACAAAAUAUUAAACGAAAAAUAUCUUCAGAUAAACACUCUCUUAUAAAUUAUACAGGGUCGGAAAGUCCCCAUGGUUCAUCGGC